UCUUGUUCAGCCGGCCAUUUGGGUCCCAGAUGUGCCCCAGAAUCCUUUCUAUCAAUAGGUGCAGCAUCACCUUUUAAACACCACUGUAGCUACUUCAAAGGUUACUGGAUGCAGCCUCAAUAAAGCCAGGAUCAAAGGUCUUGGAGAUGCGGUUGCCGUCCUCCAAGGACGAAUGCCUCAUGAUUGGUGCCUUGAGUCUGUGACGUCACCUGUGGGCAGACUAUUUCUGGAGCAUGAGUUGCAUCUUUGAGAGAUUUUUCUAAUCAGGCCGGAGGAAGGUAAUUUAAUGAUUUCCGAGAGAAGCUCUCAGCACUACAGGAAGAUUUGAAAGAGGAGUACCUCGUGCAUACAGCAACCCAAGAAUGAGCGACGCCAAUACCCUCAACACCACAGAAGUGGCAACUGGUCCCACCACACCACGCAAGGGACCUCCCAAGUUCAAGCAAAGGCAGACAAGACAGUUCAAAAGCAAGCCCCCAAAGAAAGGAGUGAAAGGGUUUGGAGAUGACAUUCCAGGUAUGGAGGGACUUGGAACAGAUAUCACAGUGAUCUGUCCCUGGGAGGCUUUCAGCCAUCUGGAACUGCAUGAGCUGGCGCAGUUUGGUAUCAUCUAAGUCACCAGAAUCACUGAUGGUGUCUUCCAAGGUUCCAGAAUGGUCUUCUUCACCAUUGACACUUAUUUUCAGCCCUUCCAUCCACCUGCCGAGAUUCUGUUGAGCACGUGCAGGGUGGCUUCAUGAAAUUCACCUAGUCCUAAACAAUUCCUUCUCAGAUUAACUUGGCAAGAAGUUAUCAGGGACCCUGAAUAUUCACCAGGCCUCAUCUGAUGAAACUACUGGAAAUGUUUAAACAUCUCUGUAAAAUAUACUGUCUUCCCCCUGGAGUAUUCAUGUGUGUGAAGUCUCACCUGUAUCCCCUGACUCCUGGGAUGCUGUAUGUAUGAAUUUUCACCCUAUAUCCCCUGCUCUGAGUUACUGUCUGUAUGUGCCUAUUUGAAGUCUUAUCCUGUAUUCCCACCCUUGACCCUAUGAAAUCUAACUCUGAAUUAAACCCAUCCGCCACUCUCAGAACACUCUCAGGCUUUCCAUGUGUAUGUGAAGUCCAACAGAUGUGGAUGAUAUUCCCAUGAUAUCUGAGCCAGCAAUCAAUUGCUCUGUGUAUAUUCAUAGGGAAGAGAGUCCUUAGGGUCACCUAUCCACCUUUCAUUAGGAAGGAGAACCUGGAGUCUCUCAUGUGAGCUCUGCAUAGGGAAUCUGCCACUAAAAUUCACCUCACAACCGUAGACAGAAGGGCUUGGGAAUACUACAUCUUCCCUAUAUUAUCCACAGGUUAGUGGAGUAGUCAUUAGAUUUCUGUUGCUCCAAUAAGGACAGCUGACAGCCUGAAUGUUCAAGAUCACUCGCUAAAUCUAUCACAGCACUCACCCCUCUGCUAUCCUGCGAGGUUGCCAUUCUAAUCAAGUGACUCUCAGAGUGAUAUAAACGUUCAUAUCCUAUAAGUAGAAAUCCCUUCCUGUUCCUGGUACAAGCUAGUCCUCAUGUAAAUAUGGUAUCUGCCAGUUGUUGGUUAAGAAAAUGGAGAAGCAUUGCAAUCGUCACUUAACAGUGACAUAUAGCACAUUAAGGGUAUGUCUACACUGUAAUGUAGGCCUAUGCAUGAACCUUGGCUCAAGCCUAACCCCCCAGUGUACACUGCAAUUGCGCUAACCCAGGGCUCGGACCCUGGGUCCCAGACCCUGCAGGGCUGGAGAAGUUAAGCUGUAACCCAGGGUGCGACCCUAUUGCUUUGCAAUGUUGACAGAGCCCCGCUUGUCUCGGGUCCUGGACUCAGCUGGAAGUAUCCCACAAUUCCAUGGGACAACUUCCUUGGUCCUCUCUAUCCCAACAAUCUGCAGUCCACUCUCGUGAAAAUGGCAAACGGCAGCAGCUCAGGUCAGUGUUAACCCGUUCUCUUCUGAUCACUGAUCUGCAAGCACACUGUCAGAGGGCCUCCUGGGCUUGCAACGGAAAACAAACCGAACAAGCCUUUUGCAAAGUGACCUGCUUCCUGGUAACGUGCAGGGUAAGCAGUAAAGUUUUUCCGCAGUGCACCAUGGUCCUAGGGCUAGAAAAGCCACAUUUCAGAGGGUGGAGGUGCUAGGGACUCUGGGAUAUGGUUACUAAGACCUGGGUCUGCUCAUUGCAGUGUGGACGCCAGAGCCCUACGCUUGAGCCUGGGUUAGAAAAGUCUUAAUAUAAGGUAAAAAUAUAAUGUAGCCGCUCAAGCCUAGAGUUCCCUCGCACAGGCAGCCGACUCAAGGUAGACAUAUCCUAAGGCAUGGGCUGUGUACCAGCCAGAUUUAGGUCAGUCCUUCUAGUACAGGGCAGGUUUAGCACAAGCUGGAGUCCUACCUACCUCCUUCUCCCUCACAUUCAGCAUAUAGUAUCCCUCCCCUCCGCCCCACCCCCGUCCCCAUCACUCCAUCCCUAUCAACCAUGGAAUGUGAAGCAUUUUCUUUCCGUGCCCUUCUCCAGUUCAAGCUUUGCAGAUUGCAUGUGUUGAAGUUGAACACCAGACCUCAGAGGUUGGUGCAGCAAGGUGGGGUGCAGGUGAAAGAGAACAACUGGGAGUAGGCAGAAGGAGAGUAGUUCCACUUAACCUUAUGGAUCUAUCUCUUGGUCUCUGGCAGCCUUUGUCCUUGUUGGGCUGGUGAAUGGUGAUUCAUUUAGCCACACUCAGAAUUGUGCAGAGAAUGGGCAAGAAUAUUCCCUUCUCCUCUUGCAUUAAGAAAGGAUUUUAAUUUUUUUCAGAGUCAAGGGACAAGUGGUUUUUAUUGUCUGAUACUCAUCAAAGAGGAUGUCAUCUUUCUAAUCAUUGUGGUGAGCUUCAUUCAAAUUUAACUUUCCGUGGUUUACACUGCAUUUGUCAAACUAAUGAUUUCUAUAUAUAUCUCCAUUCUUACUUGAAAAUGUUUAGCAAAUAUGUGUAAAGUUUAAAAUCAAUUUACGCAAAGAAUUGUUACAAAUACAUGGCUGCAUCAUGAUCACCAGCUAUUGUAAGGACCUUUAAUCCAAAAAAACAAGACUCAUCACUUAAAGAUAAAGGAAUAUGCUCAUUA